AUGUUGUGCACUCGCUUGCUGUCUCCUAUAGUCCUUUCAGUCAUAUCCGAGGGGUUGCCCAUCAGCACCUCCUUACUGGAAGCCAUCUCCCAAGACCGUCCCAAUAGUGCCGUGUUUCCAUCGCCACCAGAGCCGCAUCACGUUCCACCCUUUCGUACGGAAAUUGCUGGCGCGAAGCAGACGAACAAAUUCUGGUCCAACUGGGCGGUGGAGGAAGGCCGGUGGAUGCCGAUAUAUCCCAUGCCCUACGUCUUGCAGAUGGCUUCUCCGGCGAAUUUGAUGAUCUCUCGAUGCCAUGAUCCCAUGGUGGUCUAUGGAGAUAACUUCACCAAUGGGGCUGAGAAGAUCCGAUAUUAUUUCUCCCCCACAAUCAACGAGUUCGGCAUGGGAACUGCGGAAGAGACGAAUCUGACCAACCUGGACCUCAUCAUUGUGAAGGAAGGCUUGUUCGGGAUCCAUGCGCAACUUCGUGGGCAGGGCAGAAACAUCACCUUUCCCAUCUACAGCGGCAUGACGUACGUGUCGGGUCUCUACCAAGGCUACACCCCUCAGAUCACCUCCACCCGGGCCAUUGUGGCAGUGGACUGGGUAAGGAAUGGCACGUGGAGCCUCCGGAACAACGGGGGGAAGGAAUUUCGGCUCUAUGCCCUGCAGUUGGAUGGACACUUUGUAGACGCCAGCAUCCAAUUUGGUGUGGAUGGACGCAUGAAUCAAGUCUUUACAGGUUGGCUUCGCCUGGCAGAGGUACAAGCAGAGAGCGACAGAGAAGUAUUGGAUGCCCAUGCAACUGCAGUGCUGGUAGAUUGGGACUUGGACGUGGAAACUGGGCUUGUGAAGUACUCCUUCAGGAAGAAUGGCGAUGUGGACACACCACUGCUUCACUUUGCCUAUGCACAUCAUCAGAAACUCCUGGUACAGCAGGAAAUGUCGACUCUGCAGCCCAUGCUGGCUCCCACCAAGGGACAGAUGGCCGGGGUCAUCGGGGAUACCUGGCUGAUGCAGAUCGAUAUGUCGAAGGUGAACCAGUUGGGCUUCCUCCUCCCCGGGCGGGCGGAUGACUUGGCACCACUAGCGCUGGAGCAGCUGGCUGAAUUCGAGGAUGGAUGGCGCCAGACCAUUUUGAGGGGGAGCUACUAUUUCAGUGGCAAAGGCUUUCAGAAGAUCGGCUCGCUUUGCCUGUUGCUGGAGGACUUCUAUGGCACUAACCACCGCUACACACAGUUGUGCUCCGAUAUUUUGGUGAAAGGCUUCAGAUGUUUCUACAUCCCUGGCGAACCAGACUGUUCUGGUGCUCCGAUCGGUUCGUACUAUGAAAGUGAGUGGGGUGGCAUUGCCAGCAAGGAGGGCUUCGGGGACAGCGGUUGCCGCACCGCGGAUUUCGGCAACGCCUGCUACAACGACCAUCACUUCCAUUUUGGUUACUUCGUUGUGGCUGCUGCCAUGCUGGUGAAAUUGAGACCCGAAUAUGCUUCGGAUGUAGCCUUCACGUCUUAUGUGGAGACCUUGAUCCGGGAUACCACCAAUCCCAGUAUCGAGGACUCGUUCUUCCCUGCCUUUCGCUCCUUCGAUUGGUUUGAUCUACACUCCUGGAGUCGAGGAGUUGUGCCCAGCCCCGAUGGCAAGGAUCAAGAAUCCACCUCAGAGGAGCUGAAUUUACUCUACGGAAUCCAGUUGUGGGGCAGGGUGACUCGGGUGGGCGGUAAGUUGGAGCAGCUGGGUGCCACGAUGCUAGCGCUCUGCAUCAUGACGGUGCAGGAAUUCUUUUUGAUGAAGGUUGACAACUUGCAUCACCCCAAAGACUUUGCUCAGAAUCACGUGACUGGAAUCUUCUUCCAAAACAAGGUGGACUAUGCCACAUGGUUUGGCUGGAAGAUCGAAUACAUCCAUGGAAUCCAGAUGCUUCCCUUAACUCCAGCCUUAGUCUUGGCCAGAAGUCCCGAGUUCUGCCAAGAGGAGUGGGAUCAUAUCCUCUCGAAACUUCCACUUCCUGCAACUGAUCCAUGGACUUCGAUCAUCAUCACAGGUACUUUGGCCAUCAUCAAUUCCACCUUAGCCUCCGAUUACAUGGUGACUGCUGCCGUAGACGAUGGUCUGACCCGUGUUUGGGCGCAGUACUGGAUUCGCACUGCGCAGGAAAGCCAUCGGUUAUUCUUUUCAACAACUACUUCUACAACCAGGACAUCCCUGUCAACAUCGACUUUCACACAGCUUUCGACAUCUUUCCGGUCCAGUGCAGAUGGGACAACAGAGAAAUGGGGCCAGGAAAGCUCUGGUACAGACCACCUGGCGCAGAGUGUCUUUCUUCUCCUUGCUUUUCUGUGCAAAGAGCUUUUAGAUUUCAGAUAAUGUCAGCAGUGGCGCGUGUCUUACAACUAGGUGACCUUUCAGACACAAGGCCAGUCCUUAUUUUCAUGAAACUUCUUUUGGAGGCUGAUUUGAGAUGCGCCGGUGUGGGCCAGCGCAGCUGUGCCAAUAGGCUAAUACCACGAAUUGAAGCUCCAACUGUGUAGCGACCAACUGCGCAAAGUGCAGCGGUUGUGAAGCACAGUGGAGGCAGUGAAAGUCUGCCGGCUCCCCACUUUUGGAAACUGAUCCCAUCUCCCUUAUUAUUGCCUCGAAAGAGG